AUGGAUUUCAAGAAACAUGGAUAUAGCCUGGCAAGACAUCUUCACUAUUUUAACCAGCUGUCCCGUGGGCUAGAUAUGAUUGGACUUGCAGGGGAAUGGUUGACAGUCACUGAAAAUAUCAACCUAUUUACAUAUGAAAUAGCCCCAGUUUUUACUGUCAUGGAGACAAUUCUUCUCAAAAUGUAUGAAAUUAUUGGCUGGGGAGAAACAGAAGCAGACGGAAUAUUUUUACCUGGUGGCAGGAUAUCAAACCUCUGUGGUAUUUUAGUAGCUCACUAUAAACAAUAUCCAGAGAUAAAAACAAAAGGCAUGACUGCACUUCCAUGCAUUGUAUUAUUUGUUUCUGAGCAAGGUCAUUACUCAAUUAAAAAAAAAGCUACAGCAAUAUUUGGUAGUGGAAUUGAUAAUGUGAUUGAAGUAAAAUGUGAUGAAAGGGGAAAGAUGAUUCCAGCUGAGUUAGAGAAAAAUAUAUUACAAGCUAAAAAAAAGGGCCAAACUCCAUUCUGUGUCUGUGCCACAGCCGGAAGCACAGUGUACGGAGCCUUCGAUCCUCUCCCUGACAUUGCUGAUAUUUGUGAGAAGCACAAACUCUGGAUGCAUGUGGAUGCAGCUUGGGGAGGUGGACUGCUACUAUCCAGAAACUAUUCCUAUAAACUCAGUGGCAUUGAAAGGGCCAACUCUGUGACCUGGAAUCUACACAAAGUAAUGGGCAUCCCUCUUCAAUACUCUGCUAUCUUGAUCCGGGAAAAAGGUCUUCUAGAUGCAUGUAAUCAGAUGCAAGCUGACUCUUUCCCAUCAGAUAAACUCUACAAUGUUGACUUUGACACUGGGGAUAAAACUAUUCAGUGUGGCCGACAUGUUGAUAUCUUCAGGCUAUGGUUAAUGUGGAAAGCAAAGGGAACCCUUGGCUUUGAGGGACAAAUCAACAGAUAUAUGGAACUUGCAAAAUACUUCUAUAAGGUUUUAAAGAAAAAAGAUAACUUUAAGCUUCUGUUUGAUGCAGAGCCUGAGUCCACCAAUGUCUGCUUCUGGUAUUUCCCAGCAAGGCUUAAACGUAUUCCAAAAGGUUUUCAAAGACAUCAAGAAGUCCAAAAGAUUGCUCCAAAGAUUAAAGCACAGAUGAUGAUGGAAGGCACAGUCAUGAUAAGCUACCAGCCACGUGGAGACAAAGUAAAUUUUUUUCGAAUGGUUUUCUCUAAUCCUGCCACAAGACAAAAAAAUGUUGACUAUCUUAUUGAUGAAAUUGAAAGGCUUGGGAAGGAUUUUUCAUACUUCAGUGUGAACUUGAAUAUCCCAUGUAAACAUCAACUUUAA